AUGUGUUCGUUUGUGAGAAUGGGGUCCCCUAAACCUUUGCAAACUUCAGCUUCUCCAUUAGAGAUGAGUUCCCUGAGAAGGACGAGAGCACCUGAAAUCUCGGAACUUGGACUCACCUCAGAACAAAAGGGCGAUAUAAGAGACAGAGUACUUAGGGGAUCAAAAUCUCCCACGGAGCUGGAGUUCCAAUUGAGACUGGAACAAGAUCGAAGAUGGAGGGAGAGGAUGGCACCAUCAGAAGCAAAAUCGCCACCUUGCCAUGCUCUUGGAUUAGGAUUAGAAAGACAUACUAUUUCUGGAUUGCCCACAGAGACGAGUAAUUUAGGACUCCACAAGGGAUCAAAACCUCUGGGUAUGUUACCAGGAAGAGUGGGACCAGAAAACAAGGGCCUUCCACCUUGCCUUCGCUACGGAGGGACACUACACCCUCCUUUGGGCACAGUACAUGGAAGUCCACAGGCCGCAGGGAGCACAAGGAGGCCUCUAGCCUGUGGUUCUGCCUGGACGGAUGCUGUAGGGGAAAAGCAGCCUAUUGUAGGCUCGGAACUAAGAAAAGAACUGGAAAAAGAGCCCACCUGUGUCGUGGUGAACCCCUACACAGAGAUGCCCCCUAAGGAGGUAGACAUCGGGUUGCCACAAACCCAGGAAUCAGAUGAAACCAAGAAUACAGAGCCUCUAAUAGGCUUAGUAAGAGAACCUUCUGAAUGUCCAUUUGCCCAACAACUGGAAGAGAAAAAGGAGCCCGCCAGCACCGAACCCGGAGUGGAGCCUCCAGGGAACAUCAGACCCAUAUAUUCAGGGAAAUUCUUUGAUCGAGUGCCUUGCUGGCCAAGUGCUGGAAAAGUUAAGCCAGUUGGAUACAGAGUUGCAACCUGUUUGACUGAAAAGCUUCCCAGGCUUAUGACUCCCCCAGAGGCAAAGAAGUAUUUCAACUUCAGAUAUCCUCCUGCUGGAGCAGAAAGAGUAUUUUAUGGCAGAGCAAACGAUCCCCAAAUCGCACCUUAUUUGACACAUGGAAUAAGAUCUAAAAUCUCAAUUCCGGUGAGCUCAUUGUUAAACCCACAGCCCAUUACUGCGUUUCAACAGAAAAUUAAAGACAAAAAAGAAUCUAUAUAUUUUAGCCAUCAACGAGCACCAUUGGGAAAAUCUCAUGAUCAAACACCAGGAUUGCCUAAAGGAAUGGAUGUGAUCAACACAACAUUAGGGACACCGACUAUCAGAGCCGAUGACAUCUUAAUAAUAAAUAUAUCUGUCAAUUUCUCAUUUUGUAGGGAAAGAGGAGCAAAAAUUGUCUCCAAAAGAGUUGAUGACUUCGAAGAAAAAUUUCAACACAAACUUGGAAGAGUUUUAGACCCCAUUGCUGAAACUAUGAAUGUUCCCCCAGGGCACACAUUUGGAGCUUGCCUCCAGCCUGAGGAAUAUGGAGCUGGCGAUCUCAUCCAUUACAGAGGCCCAGAUGAAUAUCUUCGUGGGAAGGACCGCCAGAGAGCCCUGGUUGCAGCUGCCCGCCACCACUUAAAGAAAUUUAAUCACCAGCACUUUGACACUUUGCUGCUAGCUUUCAGACACUAUGACAAGAAGGGAGACGGGGUGAUUGACAGAGCAGAACUGCAUGAAGCUUGUGUGCAGGCCAACCUGCAUCUCGACAAGAUGCUCCUGGACCAUCUGUUUGACUACUGUGAUGUGGAUCAGGAUGGCUUUAUUAACUACCUGGAAUUUGCCAAUUUCCUUAACUGGAAAGACAGAGUACCUCUCACUGAGUAUGAGAAGAGGGUCGUCGUUAAAGGUAAAAAACCAGACUGUGAAAAUGUUACUGAGACUAGUACAGGAGAAGCUGAACCAAGGCUUCUGAUAAAUCCUGAAGACAUUGUCCCCAAAGAACCAGGAAGUUCAGAAGAGACAGUCCGGACAAUCCUGAGACCAGGUGACAAAGUCUCUGACAAGUAUAAGACAACGUCUUCUGAGGUCAACGCUGUUGUUGGAGCCGUUCCUUCUAUAUGUUACCCCAUCUACGGUGUUCCAACCAUUCGAUCUGACAUCCCUGCUCCCCGGAUUCGUCGAGUCAGCGACAUGAAUAACUAUGGUGAAGACAGCAAUGCUUACGCCUUGCUGCACCCCUCCAUCUUCUCCCAGAAAGGUGUAUUUGAGAGAGACUUCUUCAAGACCAGGUCAAAGGAAGAGAUUUCAGAUAUAUUAACUAACAUUGGAGUCAAGCUUUCUGAAGAAGAAUUUGAAAAUGUAUGGAAUCGUGCUUCAAAAAAACACCAGCGUGGAGAAGUGUGUGUUGAAACCAUCAGGAAUGCUCUAGACGAGCUACUGCAUGCAGACCUAUUCAAGUGUAAAACGGCCAUGUGA